GUUGCAUUUGUUUAUUUUGAUUUCUAUGUGUGAAUGAUAUUAAUGACGCCUUGUAUAAUUUGAUGAUUUUCGUAAACUAGAAAAACAUUCCGUUUUUCUAUCGCAAAUAAUACUCCCCGAGUGGCUGGAGCAAUUUAUAAUUUCUUAUGAAAUUAAACUAUGAAUUUGAUAAAUUUUGGAUACCGAAGAAAAAUGAAUAACUUGUGUGGAUAAGAAAAGUUUUGCAUGGCAUCAUGGUCAUCAGCUUUCCACGUGUCCACGACCCACACACAACAGGUGGACAAAUGUAGUCAACCCAUUCCAUGUGGCGGACCACGUGGACGCGCCCGCCACCGUUUCGAUAUUCUGAUGAUGAAUAUUUUUUCCCAUCUCAUCCAUAUAUAAUACUCCAAUAAUUACCAUACGGCAAUAAAACAAAGCAAUAUGGCCUUCUUAAUGAUGAAGAAAAUUGUUCCCGUCGUUUUCGCGUCAAGGAUGAAAAUGACAAGGCCUUCAUUUUUUCCACAAGCUACAUUUAAAGCAAAUCCUCUAGUAACGGCCACGGCCGGUUCAUCCUCCGGCAAACCUCCGCCGGAGUUCCCCGCGGCGCCACCCCCGGAUAUGCCCACCGAGUCAUCUGAGGUUCCUCAAGCCCCCAGCGUGCCUGACUAUGACCGGACUCCACAAGAGAUGCCUCCCGGCCCACCGCCGCAUCAGCCGAAGACCGACGAGCCGACGCAAGACGACCCUUAUUCGCCCGGUCCGGUUUUGCCUAGUCCUCAUCAAAGUCAGACUAAUAGGGUGGUUCAACCCCAUGGGGCUGAAGUCAAGACUCCCAUCUUGCCCGAGCUCACUCACUUCUUGGGUUUAAAGACAUCUCUCUCGGGUUGAGUUCAAUAGAUCACUCCUAAUCUAUAUAUUCCCUCUCUCCCCAAAGGUUCUCGGACACACCGAUCAUAAAUUUAAAUAAAGUGGGAGUGAGAACCUUUAUCGGAGAAUACGAAUUUGAUAAAAAUUUGAUAUAUAAAAUAAAAAAUCAUGAACGAUUUAGAUUCUAAACCUGUGCAUAGGUCUAAAAAAAGGCUCUAAACCUGAUUCCGCUCUUCCGGUUCAAUGGUUUUGGAAAACCAAAUCGGAUAGUAUCGUAGUAAAAAAUGUUGCUUCUGAAUGGUAGGAUGGUUCUUAUUUUAGUUUCAAAACCGGCGAUUUGGAUUGUGGUUUAAUUGAAAAAAGGAAUAGGUCUAAUCUUAAUCAUGUGUUUAAUUAGAGACAUGUAUUAUCGUAUUUGCGAUUCAUAUAUCUAUAUACAUGUACACGAUGCAAGCCUACUUUAAUGUACGAAGUACGUAGUAUAUAAUAAGAUCAUGUGAAACUGAAAUAAAGAUGGUCAAACUAUAAAAACAAGUCAAAUAGUGACGAAUUCAAAUUAGGAUUACAAUCUUUUUUUCUCGAAAAAAGAGUCGUUAUUGUUGUGAUGUUUUUUCUCGAAAUAAGAGUCUCAAUAUUGUAACUAUUUUG